GGGCUGUGGUGAAUUUCUUAGUAUAUAAGCGCGGUCGCCAGCUCUUCCUCAUUUAUUUACUCUUUCCGAGUUGAUAUUGCUAAAGUGAGUCUCUUCCCGUUAAGUCAGUGACAAGUGUGGAAAAUCUCCCUGUGAAAAUGGCAAAAGUUCCCAGCAUCACCCUCAACAAUGGAAUGAAGAUUCCUCAGCUUGGUUUGGGCACAUGGGGCUCACCUCAAGGCGAGGUAGCUAAUGCUGUCAAGGAAGCCAUUGAUUUGGGCUACCGUCACAUUGACUGUGCAUUCGUGUAUGGAAAUGAGCAAGAAGUAGGCGAUGGCCUGGCAGCCAAGAUUGCCGAUGGCACUGUUAAACGUGACGAUGUCUUUGUCACCAGUAAACUCUGGAAUACUUUCCAUCGAGCUGAUCUUGUGCGUCCGGCACUUGAGAAGUCACUGCAGAAUCUUCGUCUUAAGCAGCUCGAUCUCUAUCUGAUCCAUUGGCCGAUGGGCUACAAGGAAGAUGGUGACAUAUUCCCCACAGAUGCAGACGGAAAGACUCUCUUCUCCGAUACGGACUACGUUGAGACAUGGAAAGCAAUGGAAGAGUGCUUGAAGGCUGGUCUUACACGCAGCAUUGGUUUGUCCAAUUUCAACAUUCGUCAGGUUGAACGGAUUUUGAGAGAGGGAACGGUUAAACCAGUGAUGAACCAAGUGGAGUACCACCCGUAUUUGCAUGAGGUGGAACUGAGUCAAUUCUGCCGGUCAAAGGGAAUUGAGAUCACAGGGUACAGUCCAUUGGGUUCUCCAGCUCGUCCCUGGGUUAAGUCUGACGAUCCCGUCCUUCUUGAAGACCCAAAGGUCAUCGAGGUAGCCAAGCGAUGCGGCAAGUCCGUAGCUCAGGUUCUCAUUCGUUGGCAACUUCAACUUGGCCAUAUCACCAUUCCAAAAUCUACGAAUCCGAAGCGUAUCAAGGAGAACUUCGACGUCUUCGACUUUGAACUUUCAAAGCAGGACAUGGAGGUUCUCGGCAGUCUCAACAGAAAUGAGCGCUUCGUCCCAAUGUCCAUGUGUGCUGGUCACAAGUACCACAGCUUUGAGAAUAACGAAUUUAAGGAUUAGAGCGCCGAAGUUGCAGUAAAGAAUCCACGAACAAAAGAGUUUUGGGCUCAAAUCUCUUUGUAUUAUUCGAUACUAAUUGUAAUAAAGACAGAUAGAGAGAAGCGCAGAAUAAA